AGAGAGAGAGAGAGAGAGAGAGAGAGAGAGAGAGAGAGAGAGAAUGGCAAAUAAAACUGUUGGAGUGAUUGUGAUGUGCAUGUUUCUCCUUGCAACACUACACCUAUCAGAGUCAGAGCCAGAGCCAGAGCCCGCGGCCGCGCCUGCGCCCGCCUUUGAAUACACCACUUGUCUGAAGGAAUGCAUUACUGAGUGCAAAGGCAGUGGAAUGGGAAAUAGCCACUGCGAGAUGAAGUGUGAUGCUGAUUGUGGAGCUAAAGAGAAAGAUGCGAGGUUGAGCGUGCAUUUUCCUGACAUCAGAGGAGAUCUGCCAUAGAUAAACGUAAAUGAGUAAGAUGUUGCAAUAAAACACAUCAACAAUGGAAGUCAUAUAUAAUUAUCUAGCUUGGGAUAUUGUAAAAGGGGAGCAAAGUUAAAGGUUGUUCACAUUCAAUUUUGUAAAAGUUUUUUUGGAAAGGAAAAAUUAAUGGAUGUUAAAAAAAUGCAGGUUAUAAAUAAGUGAAAGGAUGAGUUUUCUUUUUCUUC